AUGGCUGCGAUGCAAGAGCGCAUCAACGCGCAGAUGACUCAAUUCAUGGAAACAAUGCAAGCUGUGGUUCGAGGACAAGAUGAACUAAGGGAGAUGGUCCUUAGGCCCGCAAACACAUCUGGUGUUCCUCCCCCCGAGAACAAUGGUAGUGGCCCUGAAAGUGGUGUUCCUCCACCUCCACCACCUCCACCUCCUCCACCUCCUUAUACUCCUGACCCUGUUCCGGAUCCUACUCAAAAUAGGAGAGUCGUCCAAAUUCCUAUGCCAGAAGAAGAUCAUUGGGAAGACUUUAUGACUCAACCUGAAGACACUGCAAAUGAAAAGAUACGCAUGCUUGAGGAAAAGAUGCGUGCCUUUGAGAAUCAAGAUGUUAUGGGAAUGGAUUUAUCAGAUAUGGGUUUGGUUCCUGGUGUGAGAAUUCCGCACAAGUUCAAAGUGCCUGAUUUUAUCAAGUACAAAGGGAAUUCUUGCCCAAAGACCCAUGUGCGAGCUUAUUACAGAAAGAUGUCCGCUUAUUCCAAUGAUGAGAAACUUCUGAUGCAUUUCUUCCAGGAUAGUCUGACUGGGGGAUCUCUGGACUGGUACAUGCAACUGGAGAGGGCUCAUGUGCGAAGCUGGAAGGACUUGGUGAAUGCUUUUGUAAGGCAUUACCACUAUAAUUCAGAUAUGGCGCCAACUCGGACUCAACUUCAGAAUUUAACUCAAGAGUCUGCUGAAUCAUUUAAAGAGUAUGCGCAAAGGUGGCGCGAGAUGGCUGCCCGAGUACAACCUCCACUGAUGGAACGUGAACUUGUUGAUCUAUUCAUGGGUACUCUGCAAGGGGUUUAUUAUGAUCGUCUGGUUAGUUGUGCCAAAGCUGGUUUCUCAGAUUUAGUCACUGCUGGUGAGCGUGUUGAAGUAGGGAUCAGAUUGGGGAAAAUUCAGACUGUUGGUUCUGGAAGUUCUGCAGAUAAGGGUAAAAAGGUUUUUGGUAGCCAUCAGAAGAGAAAAGAAGCAGAAGUCAGUACUGUUUAUGCUGGUAAGGGAAAAGAACAUGUGACUGCCGUUACUAUCCCUGCUAGUGCUCCACGCCAGGAACAACAGAAACCACAAAAUACUCAACAAAGGCCAAGAAGGCAACUCACUCCUCUGCCCAUGUCUUACACUCAAAUAUUCCACUAUCUGCGCAAAAUUAAUAUGAUCGAGUUACGCACCUGGAGAGUCCCUAGCAAACUCCCUACCGGUCAUAACCCUAAUGCUACUUGUGAAUUUCAUUCUGGGGCCGUAGGGCAUGAUCUUGAGAACUGCUGGGCAUUCAAAUUCGCAGUACAAGACCUUAUUGACUCAGAAGCUAUAGAGUUUGAGGCUCCCAAAAAGCCAAAUGUGAUCCAAAAUCCAAUGCCACCUCAUGGUGGUGCUGCUGUCAACGCAAUUACUUUUGGAGAGGAAUUGAAUUUGGUCACGGAUGUUAACUUUGUGGCUACCCCACUAAAGUUUGUGAAGGAAUAUCUUCUGAAAAGAGAUGUGUUUUCUGGAUGCACCAAAGAUUGCGAGGACUGUUUGAAAUCAGAAAAUGGAUGUGUUCGCUUAAAAGAUAGGAUCCAAUUUUUGAUAGAUGAAGGCUCGCUACAAUUUGAUCGAUUGAAACCCAGAAAGGAUGAGGAAGUUGAUGUCAUUACCAUACCGGUACCUGCAAAAAAGAUUAUUGUCCCAAUACCUGCAAAGAAACCUGUUGUGCUGAUUACUUCACCUGGUCCUAUUCCUUAUGAGAGCGACAAAGCUAUUCCAUGGAACUAUGGGGCAGAAGUCUUUUUUCAAGGGAAGAAAGUUGAUAUCCAGAUUACUGCUGAAACAGAUGUGAAUGAUGUUGGUUGGAAUGGGAGAAUGACUCGUAGUGGUCGUGUGUUUUCCCCUCCCAAACUGGCCGAGGAAAAUACUGAAGCUUUAGCAAAAGAUAAAGGAAAGAGGAUUGUCGUUGAAGGGGCUGAAGAAGAACCAUUUGUUGCUACACCAGAAAUUUAG